CGCCGACCCGUGAGAGGCUCGGCGGGCUGCAGGCGCCGCCUCGACGCGUCCGCGCUCGCGACGCCAUUCGCGGGAGAGCGCUGGCGACGACAGAGCCCCACGUGGGGGACGCGACCGAUCCAUUGGCCGCGGGAGCGCAAAGACGCUCGAUAAGCCCAAGCCAAAUUUGGAAAGCCGCGCUCUCCCCGCAGAGGCGAGUCCGGACGAGAGAGCGCGCGAGAGAGAGAGAGGAGGAGUGUUGACGUUUGUCUAGUGCCCUGAUAUAGACUGCUUUAGCUCGCCGUCGUGAGCGGCUGCUUUGGCGUUAUUGUUUGUCGUCGUCGUCGUCGUGUUGCGCGGCUCCUUGUUUUCUGCUGUGUUGUGUGUGUGCGCGUUUCUAUUUUAAUUAUUUUAUUGUAAGCAGCAUCGGAGCUUAAUUAUUUCAUUCCUCUUCCAUCCUCCAAUCCCUUCACCCUUUUACUAACCUCGACUCAUCCUCUACCCCCCCCCAUCACUAACCACCCUUUUCUUCUGCGUAAUACUGUAAUCGGAAGUCGAUACGUUCUAUAGUGGCUGGUAGCAGCAGCAGUAGUAGCGGUAGCACACGCAUGUGAGUGCGUGUUACCGGGGGGGGGCGCGGGGGGGGGCAUGGUGUGAAGAGACAUUUCGUGUUGUCGAUCGUGCUGGGUUCACUGCGCCGCGUAACGUGACGGACGGGGAGCCACGACGACAACGACGACGACGAGGAGGAGGAGCAGGAGGAGGUGGGAAGAAAGAGCAAGAGCGAGGUGCGCGGAGAGAGAAGAGCCUAGGGUGGGGUGCGGUGGUCACUCAUCAUCCCUCCUCUUCAUCCAGCGCAAACCUCGACGAGCCGCAAACCCACCGGCGCGGGUCCCGGCCGCCACGCCGAGACUUCAUGCUGCUGCCCCGGACAAUGCUGGCGGCCUGAGAGCGGAGGGAAAGCGGAGAGCGAGCGGCCUUGCGGACGGACGUUGUGCGAACGAACAAAACAAAACAAAAUUCGCUCUCCUCCUGUAGACGAAGAAGUAAGAGGCCACGGCGAGCGAGGAAGUCGGAGGGGAGAGACGACGGGCAAGGGAGGGAGGGGGGCGGGCUGAGCCGCGGGAUUUGAGGCGAGCGCGCCGAUCGCCUCUCGUUGACAGCGCAGAGCCGCUCCACCACUCCGUUGCGCUUUUCUUCCGUCCAUUCGCCUUUGUGAGACGACACGGCGGGGGUGGGUGGGUGGGUGGUGGUGGUGGUGGUUUUACCCGCACGCCGAGUGGAAUACGACCAGCGACUUGUCGUGGGCAGCAGCAACCUCUUCGGCCUCGUCGUCCGAACGCGGGGAGAGAUACAGAGAGAGAGGGGAGGGAGGAGGAGGAAGGGGGUCUCGUGGAAGAGGUGGACAGCAGGAGGCUGAGAAAAAAAACGACACGAGCCAUAACUUUGACCACGGCCAGAUCCAAAGAUGUACCCCCAAGGCAGACACCCGGCUCCUCACCAGCCCGGACAACCCUUUAAGUUCACGGUGACCGAAUCGUGCGAUCGGAUCAAGGAGGAGUUCCAGUUUCUACAGGCGCAGUAUCACAGCCUGAAACUGGAAUGCGAGAAGCUGGCGAGCGAGAAGACGGAGAUGCAACGCCACUAUGUCAUGUACUACGAGAUGUCCUAUGGCCUCAACAUCGAGAUGCACAAACAGACUGAGAUCGCAAAGAGACUCAACGCCAUCAUUGCGCAAGUCAUCCCGUUCCUGUCGCAGGAACACCAGCAGCAGGUAGCUCAGGCCGUGGAACGGGCCAAGCAGGUGACGAUGGCGGAGCUGAACGCUAUCAUCGGGGUACGUGGGCUGCAGACCCUGCCAUUUGCCCACCAGCUGCAGGCGCAGCACCUGUCCCACGCGCACGCUCCUCCGGUGCCGCUUCCCCCGCACGCCGCCGGCCUGCCCGGCGCCGGGCUGCCCCCGAUGCCGGGCAGUAGUGCGGCUAACGCGGCAGGGCUGCUGGCUCUGUCCAGCGCGCUCGGGAGCCAGGCGGCCGCCGCCGCCGCCGCCGCCCACCUGCAAGCACUCAAGGACGACAAGAACCACGAGGUCGACCACAGAGAGAGAGAACGCAGCUCGACGAACUCCAUCUCGCCGUCAGACAGCCUGCGCGCCACAGAGAAACACCGCAGCUCCUCUGAGUACCUGAGCGACUCCAAGAAGAGGAAGGCUGACGACAAGGACUCUCUCAGCCGAUACGACAGCGAUGGUGACAAGAGCGAUGACAACCUGGUGGUGGACGUUUCCAACGAGGACCCAUCGUCCCCGAGGGGCAGCCCGUCGCACUCGCCUCGCGAGAACGGCCUCGACAAGCAGAGGCUGCCCAAGCGCGACGUGGCCCCUAACAGCCCGGCGUCCGUGGGCUCCUCUCGCAGCACUCCCUCCUCCUCCAAGACCAAAGACAUGGGCCACAACGAUAAAUCAAACACGCCCAUGUCCAAGUCGAACACGCCGACGCCGCGCAGUGACGCGCCUACGCCCGGCACCAGCGGAACGCCCGGCCUGCGCCCCGUCCUGGGCAAACCCCCGGGCAUGGACUCCCUCGGCCCUGCCCUGAGGUCCCCGUUCGCCGGUCCCUACCCGGGCCCCUUUGGCAUGAUCCCGCACGCGGGCAUGAAUGGCAGCGAGCUGGGAAGCCCCGCGGGGGCCUACGCCAGCCUGCACUUGGCAUCGCCGCAGAUGAGCGCCGUGGCAGCUGCUGCCGCCGCCGCUUACGGACGUAACCCCAUGGUCGGCUUCGAUCCCCACUCCCACAUGCGGGGUCCCGGGAUCCCCUCGGGCCUGGCCUCUAUCCCCGGCGGAAAACCGGCGUACUCGUUCCACGUGAGCGCUGACGGGCAGAUGCAGCCCGUGCCGUUCCCGCCCGACGCGCUCAUCGGCCCGGGGAUCCCGCGUCACGCGCGGCAGAUCAGCACGCUGGGCCACGGCGAGGUGGUGUGCGCCGUCACCAUCAGCAACCCAACGCGCCACGUCUACACGGGGGGCAAGGGCUGCGUCAAGGUGUGGGACAUCCGUGACCCGGCCGGCAAGAGCCCCGUCUCGCAGCUUGACUGCCUGAACCGGGACAACUACAUCCGCUCGUGCAAGCUGCUGCCGGAUGGGCGCACGCUGAUCGUGGGCGGCGAGGCGAGCACACUGUCCAUCUGGGAUUUGGCGGCGCCGACCCCACGCAUCAAGGCGGAGCUGACGUCGUCGGCGCCCGCGUGCUACGCGCUCGCCAUCAGUCCUGACUCCAAGGUGUGCUUCUCCUGCUGCAGCGACGGCAACAUCGCCGUGUGGGACCUGCACAACCAGACGCUCGUCAGGCAGUUCCAGGGCCACACGGACGGUGCCAGCUGCAUCGACAUCUCGCACGACGGCAUGAAGCUGUGGACAGGCGGCCUAGACAACACGGUGCGUUCCUGGGACCUGCGCGAGGGACGGCAGCUGCAGCAGCACGACUUCACCUCGCAGAUCUUCUCGCUGGGCUAUUGCCCGACGGGCGAGUGGCUCGCCGUGGGCAUGGAGAGCAGCAACGUGGAGGUGCUGCACUGCAUGAAACCGGACAAGUAUCAGCUGCACCUGCAUGAGAGCUGCGUGCUCUCACUCAAGUUCGCCCACUGCGGCAAGUGGUUCGUGAGCACGGGCAAGGACAACCUACUCAAUGCCUGGAGGACACCGUACGGGGCCAGCAUCUUUCAGUCGAAAGAAUCGUCGUCAGUGCUGAGCUGUGACAUAUCGGGCGAUGACAAGUACAUCGUCACUGGCUCCGGGGACAAGAAGGCCACUGUCUACGAGGUGAUCUACUGAAGCGGGCCUGCCAUUCUUCUCCAGCUGGACUUGAGCUGUGGGGCCUGGGGUGGUUGCGAGGCGAUGAACUUUGACCUUUCAUGGACUGCGUGGGUCAUGACGGCCUCCGAGCGCCGGGCUCGUUGCGGCGUUGCGGACUCGUUCACGAGAGCAGAGACCCGAGCUCGAUCUCGCUUGGGACGCGUGGCCGCGCACGCGCUGUGCCGGAGAGCUGUAAAUAGCAACGCCAAUGAGUUUCAGACGUCUGUGUCCCCUGAAAAUUUGUUUCUUUCAAAAAACACGUAGAGCCUAGCAAUCCUGCCUUGAGCAGCUGAGCUGAAACGUAAUGAAAAUCAUCAAAAUGAAAAAAAAGAUUUAAUUUGAUAAGAAUGAAUUUACAAAAAAAAACACAUGCACGGAAUUAAAUAUUGGCAAGCAAUGGAAAUCAAAAUCCUGCUGGGACGGGCAUUUUUUUCCACGUUGACCCUGGGAAGCGAGAAUGUGGCUGAUCUCCCACAGUUCACUGCGAACUUCUCCGACAACGAUGAAGUUGAUGAUGAUGACGCCAGCGACGACGAUGAUGACUGCACAUCUACUGUAUACGGCACUGCCGACGCUGAGAGAACACAGCUCAGCCGAUUCAGCUGAGCACUUGUUUCUAAGCUGCAUAAAGAAAAAAGAAUUUCAGCAAGAGAUAUCAAGAGGAAUGGCCAACAAAUCGUACAUUAUAAUCGGCAGCGGCAGCAGCAGAAGGAGGAGGAGGGGGCGACGGCAGAUGGACCUGGGACCGAAGGUGUUAGCUGUGUGGCGCAAGGGGUGCGACUCCACGGGAUUUCAUUUGCGUUCGAGAGGCGGUCGCUGAUGCCUAAACUCAGGGAGCUUUGCGGUUAAUCAGAUCACUUUUCAUGUCGUCUGUGCAUGACGGUGGUGGGCAGGGGGGGGGGUUACCGGUUGUGCACCGCAAAUCUGUCUUUUCCCCAAGACACGGGAGUCUUUGUUUGGCUGAAUUUCGCUUGACGCCUUUUGGCAACAAACCAAGAAUUCUGCUCUCACUCGCGUUCACUGCCAGGGGUUUCUUGUCAUAAUUUAUAGGAGACGGCAUAAAAUAAUUUUACGUAAAAGAGAAUUUCAUUUUUUUUGUACUGAACAAAAUGAGUGGACCUAAAUACGAUGAUAUUAAUAACAUACCAUAGCAUUUUGAUCAAAAGUAACUCUCGCAAACUAACAUUUUGCUUCAUUACACAAAGCUGUAAAAUAACUUGUAGACGUGCAAAAUAACUGUUCUCAGCUUAGCAUUGUAGACUUCUGGUCUUGUAAUAGCGGUCACUAUAACAUUAAUUGUAAAAAAAAGACAAGAAAAAAUAGAGAUGAAAACUUACUAAAGCUGACACUUUUUUUCUCUCUGGUUUUUUUGUUUAAACAUCUAAGGCUACGAUGUUGACGUUAGAAGGGUGUGGCGCGCAGAUAACGCACGGGAGCCACGUUCGCCCGGCGUCUUGCGAGCGCGUGGGGGAGUGAGCGAGGCUCCUUGAGGUCACCAGGCUGUGGUCACAAGGCUGAGGUCACCAGGCUGAGGUCACCAGGCCGAGGCCACGGGGCCGAGGCCACGGAGCUGUCACGAUACCGUCUACUGCCACGAUACCGUCAGACCCUGAUCCUGUUGCGUUUGUGUGCAGCCAUCGGCCCCGCGGGUGACGGCGGGCGGAGCUGCAAUAUUUCUGAGCGAUAACUGCCCUCAAGGAGGAGGCUCUGCUGAAUGAGAUUACGGAUUAAGAUUAUCGGCCGCUUGGACGAGAGGCGGCCUUGUGUGCCAGUGGGGUCAGGUGGUGUGCGAUGGAAUGCAAUGAGAGAUUUGAGUGAUGUUAGAGCAGCCAUGUACUUGGGCCAUGAACAUUUUUGCUGCAGAAAGGGAUUAGUUUAUAUAUAUUUAAUUUUAUCCUAAUUUUCUCUUCUUCCCCAAAAAACACAUUCUCCGCAAUGAUCGGUUUGAAAUUUUGGUUUUCUUUCAAUGGCUUGAGACGCAUGGUUUGAGAGACUUAAAACACAGCAGCUUUUAUUUGGCCAGUGGUUCUCAGUGAUAUGGGACCGCAUUUUGAUAAUUUUAACAUUUGUGAGAUUUCUGCUGGCAGAUGGGGGGCAUACGUUUCUUUUCUGCGGCUGUACCUCGCCGGAUAUACGGACGUUAUCAAAAAGUGUCUGCUAGGGAGGGUGAUAAAAUGUCACAACACCAGGGCAUUAUUAGUGCCUGCACCAGAUAUAUCCAGAUAUAUCCAUAUUAUAUUGAGAAAUAUCUUAGCUCCCAUGGUGAAUUAUUUCUACCACAUUUGUGGUUGUUAAAUAAAUAAAUACAUUCAUGCUCACACAAUUAGGCCCACUGCUCACAUCUAUAUACAAGGCUUAACAAGGACUUGUUUUCAUCUGUUAGGACAACUAUAAAGAUUCCCGUAUAGCCAUAGACUGAUGGGUAAGUGCUGUUACCGAACUCCUAUUAAGGCUUGGCACAGCACAUGGCGGUGUAAUGUGGCCAGCACAAUGCCCAUCCGCCUUUGCCUCCCCUUUGCCAUGUUUGCACACACCAUGUCCUCAUUCAUGGUUGAUUCAACCUAUGGGAGGCCCAGGAACGGUUCAGAUGCGACUCGCCACUGAAAUGAUCCAUGGCUGGGAAUUGAAUCAAGGUCAUCGGGUUCAUGGUGUAGUGCGUGAACCACUGCAUCACCGCUCCAAGCGCAGACAUUUAUUUCUCACUUGCACACACACACACAGGAUAAUAAGGUUUUUGCUUUAAAGCAAGAUGAAAAUACAGUUCCUGCACCAUCGGAGACCAUGAUCUGUCAGGAAUGUUAAGUUAAAAAGACGUCACGUACAUCAAGAAAAGUAUCGUUCUGUUUUUUUGUCUCCAGAUUUUUUUGGGGUCCCCUCCGCUGUUUUGUGUGCUCGCCGUCACUUUGUAAAAUAUAAACGUCGGUCGCCGAAUAGUGAAACUCACGACCUGGAUGAGAAAUAGUUUGUGUGUGCACGUGCGUGGGUGGGUGCGUGCAUUCACUAUAGGAUCCUCUGUAGUGUACAUGAUGGACGCGAUGUGAAAGCCAUGCAAGCAUGCCCUAAUGCCGAAAUAAAUUAGUUUCAAAACAAUAUUGUUAUAAUUAAAAAAAGACAACACAAUAACAACUACGAUCAAUACCGCAAGCUUUCAGAGAGGAUGUAUUUGUUCAGGUCUGAAUAUUUUACAGGGCAUUCUGUUUUGUACAAUAUGUUUUAUCACUAAUAUGGGAAGUUGGAACCCUGUUAAUAAAAAAAAAUAACAACAAUAAAUCAACACCUGUUAUAAUGGUAAA